UAGGAUAGGAGUAGAGCAAUUAUAAUACGAGUGACGUGUUCGAAUCAGCUUUCAGAGAAUUUUGUAGAGUACAAUAGUCAGAGUAGUCAUUGUAAAUCAUAAAGUCAUUUGAACCGCAAUAUUGUGCAAGACAACUUAGUGCUUUCGUGUUUUAUUCCGCUGUUGCAUUCUCUUGGUGAUUUUUUCCUUCAAAGAGCGAAAAAAAAUGUCGUUUAUCUCGCCUAUGCCCAGCCAGGAAUUUCUUUGGAAUGUGUUCCAAAGAGUUGAUAAGGACAGGUCUGGCGCAAUCUCUGCGGAUGAAUUGCAACAGGCACUCUCUAAUGGCACCUGGACACCAUUUAAUCCAGAAACUGUUCGUCUAAUGAUUGGUAUGUUUGACAAAACUGAUCCUACUACAGGUAUGUUCGAUAAACAUCAAAAAGGCACUGUAAGCUUUGAAGAGUUCGGCGCAUUGUGGAAAUACGUAACCGACUGGGAGAAUUGCUUCCGAUCAUUUGAUCGAGAUAAUAGCGGGAACAUUGAUCGCAAUGAAUUGAAGACAGCUCUGAAUAACUUUGGAUACCGAUUGAGCGAUCACAUAAUUGACAUGCUCAUACGAAAAUACGAUCGUGCAGGCAAUGGCACAAUAUAUUUCGAUGAUUUCAUACAGUGUUGUAUAGUUCUACACACACUUACAUCCGCUUUUAGACGACUUGAUACAGAUUUGGACGGUGUUAUAACGAUUCAUUACGAACAAUUCUUAGGCAUGGUGUUUAAUCUUAAGGUAUAAAUAAUAUGUUGAUGAGCUAUAUUGCCGUAUAAAUGUCUUUUCCUCUCUUGUUUGCUUUGGUAAUAUAUCAAAAGCCUAAGGACAUUCUGAGAUGCCAAAUAAACACAAAUCUUUUAUUUUUUCAUAUAAAAAAUAUAUAAAUUAAAAAAACAUAUGUUAGAAUCUCUAAAAUAUUUAUAUAUGUGCUGUCCGAAAUUAAACCAUCUUAUGUGAGAGGAAGGACGGUUGCCCUUCUACGCACUGUUUCUCAGCUGCUGUUGGACAGGUGCUGAUGGUUGGAGUAAAAUAAUGCAUAAAAGAGCAAUCGUUAGCUGGGCACUUUCACUUUUAGUCUAGUUCGUACGUACAUGCCUUGAACAAUUUUGAAUCUUUCCUCGAAUAUCAUUCUGUAUAUAUUUCUCCACAUGUACUACGAAAUUUCACAACUUUACGACAUUCCUAUUUUAAUGAUACAAAAUAUGCUUAACACUAAUAAAUUUGGAAAAUUCCUAUAAAAUGAACAUUAUAUCACUAAUGAGGUUUAUGUGUUAUGGUACACUUAUUUGAUAGUUACGUUUAUUAACAUAUAAGUCAAUUACGAUAUAUCAAAUAUUUAGAACACAUUAUUGAUUAAUGUUGCGAAUUUACUUGAAGAAAAACGAAGAAUUUUUCACAGAAUACAAUUUUUAGUAUUGCUAUACAUUAUUGUGUAACUGCAUGAUGUAAUGAAUAUUUUUGCAAAUUUACAAGUUUAGUUUUAAGUGACAAGAGACACAUGUACAUAUAUUUCCUAUAUUUUUCAUAAAACUUUACUGAUAUACAGUACUGUUAUAAAAUUUAUAGAAACUCUGACAGCUUUAUAUUUCAUAUAUCUAUUUUUAUGUAAUUGUUGUGUAUUACGAAGAUAAAUAAACUAACAAAAAAAUAUAUA